AUGCCGUUAGAGUACGGUACAUAACAUAUCGCCAACACCAUCUAUUAGAGAAAUUAGAAAUCUGAAACUCGAAACUCAGGGUAAUUAUUAAGGUACCUGGGGAAAAUAUUAUAUAUAGAGAUUGAAUUUACGUAUGUAUGUAGAUGCACAACGUUAUUAUACUCAUUGCAAUUUAAGUUUAUGCGAGUGUUUCAAGGAAUUGAAAUUUUUUCAUUUAAUAAAGAAGCAUUUAACCUAUCGUUAUAUAAAGAUGGCAGAUACUAUAGGUACAACAACAGGCGAUAAUUCUAUAUACGUGGAAAAGGGCUGGUUUGCUUUGAGGCAACACAUUAUUGAUAAUAAGAUUAAAGUUGGAUUAUGGGUUACAAGACUUUUUACUAUUAUAUUUACUAUUGGUUAUGUCAUUCCAAUAUUUGGUAAUUCUUAUAAUAUUUAUUACAAAGUAUUAAUAAGUAAUGCAGCAACUAGUGCAUUACGCCUUCAUCAAAGAGUACCACAUGUUCAAUUAAAUAGGCAAUUUUUGGAACAUUUAUUUAUUGAAGAUUCUUGCCAUUAUUUAUUUUAUUCUUUAAUAUUUCUUUAUGCAGCUCCUGUCACAUUGUUUAGGACAGAACAGCUGGUGGGGAGCACGGCUUUUAAUAUCGUUGGUUGAAUUUCAGUCACGAAAUAUUUUACGAGUUUGUGCAUUAACUGAGAUAAUUAUCUUGCCAUUUACAGUUCUUCUUGUAUUUACGGGUCGUGCUGGAUUAUUAACACCUUUUAUUUAUUUCCAAUUCUUGAAAUUCCGUCUUGCAUCCCAAAGAAAUCCUUUUACUCGUAAUGUGUUCUAUGAAAUCAGGGAUGGACUAAGUUCAGUCUCAAGGAAACCAACAAUGCCAGUUAUAGUGCGACAAAUAAUUGAAGGUCUACUAUCACUUACACAACAAAUGGUGCCUAUUCGUCAAUGUUGGUUGUGAAGGAAAUAUUUCAUCCUUUGGUUCAACGAUUGAAACAGAAUCUGGAAGAGGCUUUUUGGGACCUGUUUUGCCAUGAGGAUCAUAUGGGAGCAUAA